GCCCUCCCCAUGGGGCUGGGCCGGCGCGGCACGGGGCCUUUACUCUGUCCCAGCAGUGCCUGCAGCCGGAUCGUCCCGCUCCUCCUCCUCCUCCUCCUCCUCCUCCUCAUUCUCCUCCUCCUCUCCGCCACCGUCGCCGCCGCCGCCCCAGGACUCAGCUGAGCCUCCCCAAAAGCCGCAGCCGCCGCCGCCCUCAGGAUGGUGAUCCGCGUGUACAUCGCGUCCUCCUCCGGCUCCACCGCGAUUAAGAAGAAACAGCAAGAUGUCUUGGGCUUCUUGGAAGCAAACAAGAUAGGAUUUGAAGAGAAAGACAUUGCAGCUAAUGAAGAGAAUCGGAAAUGGAUGCGUGAAAAUGUACCUGAAGAAAGUCGUCCAGCCACGGGGAACCCACUUCCCCCUCAGAUCUUCAACGAGUCCCAGUACCGUGGGGAUUAUGAUGCCUUCUUUGAAGCCAGAGAAAAUAAUGCAGUGUACGCCUUUUUGGGCUUGACAGCCCCACCUGGGUCAAAGGAAGCCCAAGCCCUGGCAAAGCAGCAAGCGUGAACCCUUCUGCCUUCUGGCCCUAUGCCUCCUGUGAGGGAUUCACCACCGCAGUCGCUUUCCUAAAAGAGCUAAAUGAUCUUGGCUUCCAGAAAACAAUAGGCUUCAUGUCUCCAGCAUCCAUUUGUUGCUCGGUGUGCUCAGCGUCCAAACAAUAGCCAAUGGAAUACAUGAUUAAAAUGGGAAUGUUAUGUGGUUAGAGCUUAUGGGAGAUGAUUAUUGUGAAAUUACAAGUAGAUGUGAUGGAGUGGUAUUGUGAUCUGUCUGGGCGUCCAUGCCCCCCUCUUUUUUGUAACCGUAAUGCAAAAACCUCUUUUAUAUUAUUAUUUUUUAUUGUUACUGCGGCUUAAAUAUCUCUAGAGCUCCUGUUGUUAAGCAUAUGAGAAUCCCAAAUAAAAUGGGAGGGGAAGAGAAUCUGUCUAAUUGAUUCAAUACCUUUGUGUCCUCCUGGAUUUUUCCAGGCAAGUACUCAUGUACAAUUUCGAUGCGUUUCUCUUGUGAUUUUUAAAGAAGCCAUAAGCAAUGUUCAUCAUUUGGCACUCGUCAUGAUAACUUAUGGCCAUUCCGAUAUUCCAGUUCUUUUGUAGAUGGAAAUUGUGUACUGUGCAUGACACAUACUCUCGGGGCUCCUUAGCAUAGUCCUGUGUUGCUCAUUUUGGUGAGCUACAGACACAAACCCAUUUCCAUUGAGAAGUCACAAAAACAUUUAGGUGACGGGUCCCUUGCAUGACUACCCAGCUCAGGCUUAAUCUUCUCUUUCAAGGUGUGCAAAGACAGGUCUGUGUCUGAGCACUUGGCCCUUGGGCCUUGGGCCUUGAGUCAACAUGGGUGCUGCAGAAUCCUUCAAUUACAUGGCUGAAAAAUGGGCAGAAAAUCAUCGCCCAAGGAGCCUGACUUUCCAUGGGAGGAGCUAAGAAGCAAAUGUUCCCCAGGUGAUAAUUGGUACUGUGGCUUUGUGGGUUGUUUUUUCCCCUUCAAUUUUCAAAUGACACAUCACCAUGGCACUAAGCUCCAGAAACUGGCAAAUAGGAAUUAGAAACUCAGCUGUGCAAAUGCAUUUUCUUAGCAUGUGAAACAUAUUUUUUCAUGAGUACAUUAAGUUUAGAUGGAUUUAUCUUUUCUACACUUCAAUAAUAGCAAACAUCCAAUAAGAGUCUCCAUCCAAGCAAGGGACCAAUUUAAAACCAUAACCCUCAAGGCUGAUAAAAGGGCAAGGAGCGAUAUGGCCUCCAUCACUUACUUAGGGAGCAGUUUUCUUACCAUAGAGCCUUUGCUACUAAAAGCACCCCAUGGGUAACCCCAUUUUCCUUUAAAUGACUUUCCAUUACCCUGCGCUGUAUGCAUUGCUGUGUCGUUUGCCAAAAUCAACAUGUAAUGAAUAUAUGGCAUUGUUUAUGGAGGUUCAACACGGGCACAGCGCUUUAAAGUGAGAUCAGCAUUUUUAGAAACCGAAAUUACAGACUGCUGGGGAUCUGAAAUGAAUAGGAAUAAUGCCAGAUGAAUAGGAUGUGGUUUCUUCUGAGGGGGAGGGAGGGGAACAGGAAACAGUGGAAAGAAAACUGGUUAAAAAUUCCUUUCUAAGUUUGCUCUGUCAGGCCUGUUUAGGGUUCUAAAGUCGCCAUUAACAAAGACAUUUCAAGAACAAGUGUUCGACUCAUUUGUAUGUGAAUAAUGGCAUGAAGAUACUGGGGGCCAUGAGGUGUCUGGAUCAGAUUCUAACAGAUGGGAAAUGUUUGGGCCCCAAAUGACUUUGCUCCACUUCCUUGCAGGAGAGGGAAACAGGUUUUAGCGGCUAGCGAGCUGGCCUCGAAGCCAGAAAGACCUGAGUUCAAGUCCUCCCUCUAAGCCAUCCUGACUCUGUGGCUCUGAGCAAGCCACCUAACCCUUCUGGGCUCUGGGCAACUCUUGAAGACUGGAAGUCUUGGAGAAGAUGCCAGCCUGCAUUGGUAGGACUCUCCCCACGUUCCAGAUAUCAAUGAAAUCCAAGGUCCAAUCCUGUCUCUAGCCUUAUCUCCCAUGCAGAGGAGAAUGCUGUCUGGCUGAGCUUCUAACUCUGUGCUGGUCUCAAGGGAGGGGAUUCUGUUGAGUGGCUAGCCUCCAGCUAAGUGGCUCAGAACUGAUAAAGCGACACAUUCAUCCAAAGGGAAAAAAAUCCUCCUGUCUGCCCUGCCCAGUUAUUGGAGUUUCCUUAGCUGUGUCCCCUAUAGCCAGGUCCAAUAAAGUAGAUGAAAAAGUGAAAAGCAGAAUGGUGGGGGGAGUUUUGAUGAGAAAACAAAAUCAGAUUGCCCUCGAAAACCUGCCCUCUGAUGUCAGAUUUUUAAGGGAGAUCAUGGCAUGUGACUUUUUUGGUGGAUCAGAUCUGUUGGUUGGUCAUUGAUCUAAAAAGAUGAAUUUCAGGUGUUUGAGCUAAUAUUUUCCUCUGAAACAGAUUUAUUCCAUCAGGUUGGAAGACAACAGAGCAGGGCCGUUAGCUUCAUAUCUACAGAUUGUGCUCAUGCUUUAGGAGGGAAUUUUUACCUUUGGAUGUCAUGGACCCUGUAGGCACUCUGCUAUGGACCCUUCUCAGAAUGAUUUUUUUUUUAAAAAUUCACAAUUAAAGGAAAUGUUAAAUUUAAAUGAGAGGUUAAUGAAAAUAAAGAUACAUUUUUUUCCCACCCAAAUUCACAGGGCCCCUGAAAUCUACCUAACUGUCCCUUGGGAAUCCAUGGUCCUCACGUUAAGAACCAUAGAUGCCUGAGGGAGUAAGGGUGACUUGCUUCUGAGGAGCUAAAGGCCCUGGUAUCAAUGUCCGAGCCCUAGCGGGUCUCUGCAGGGAGCGUGGUAUCCGAAGGAAGGCAAGGCAAGGGAAAAGCCGCUGCUUGUCUGUGUUGUGCUUCUGAUUCAAUUAUGAAUGCUGAAGAUUCUCAACGAUUGGUAUUGUUCCUCCUUCUCCCUGUCUUUUUCUUUAGCCUAAACAGAAAUAAAUAUCUUUGCUUUGAAACAAAUGAUUUACCAUUCCAAUAAACCUCUUUAAGAUGCUUUCACAUUU